AGUGCAGGGUGGAGCCGUACAGGAAGUGAAGUGUCAACGCAAGUCUCGCCAAAGCAGAGAGAGAGAGAGAGAGAGAGAGAGAUCUGCCGACCGUCGCUUUGAUGAACCAUAUUAAUAAUUAUUACAGCUCAACACUGCUACAUAGUGAGCUCAAAAUAGAGACUCUGCUGCUAUCUGCUGGUAAGCUGGAGAACUGCAGCACUGGCGUCAUGGUGAAGGAUGUUUCGAAAGGUCAAGAAGCGCCACAGCAGCAGCAGCUCCCAGAGCAGUGAGAUCAGCACUAAAAGCAAGUCAGUGGAUUCCAGUUUGGGAGGCCUGUCUAGGUCAAGCACAGUCGCCAGUCUUGAUACAGACUCGACCAAGAGCUCAGGUAACGCUGUGUCUGAUACGUGUGCUGAGUUCAGAGUCAAGUAUGUGGGAGCCAUCGAGAAGCUGCAGUUUGAGAUGAGCAAAACCCUCCAGGAGCCUCUAGACCUGAUCAACUUCAUCGAUGAAGCUCAGCAAGAUGGAAAACUGCCGUUUGUGCCUGGAGAUGAGGAAAUGAUUCUGGGAGUGUCCAAGUAUGGAGUUAAAGUGGCCUCAUUAGACCAGUGUGAUGUGCUUCACCGUCACCCGCUCUACCUGAUUGUACGUAUGCUUUGCUAUGAUGAUGGUCUGGGUGCUGGAAAGAACCUGCUCGCACUGAAAACCACUGAUGCCAAGCAGCAUGAGUGCAGCAUCUGGGUGUAUCAGUGCAGCAGUGCGGAACAAGCCCAGGCUAUCUGCAAAGUUCUGUCCACCUCCUUUGACUGUGCUCUGGCCUCAGAGAAGUCCUGAGGAGUCCUGGGAACGCUCCGGUUCUUCCACCCUCACUUGUUCCUUCAGCAGGAGGAAGGAAGUCUGUUUGUGGAAGGUGCCCUUUUUAAACAGAUCUGACAGAAAUGCUGGAAUGUGUCUCACUUUGAUUAAUGUUAGUACAGCUGUUCGGAUUUUGUUCAGCAUUAAAGGGCAGCCAUCUCAACCACAUGUUUACAUCAUAUUCAUUAGUUUAAUCCCAGCAUCCCCUUCUCCUAACAGUCCCACCACAACCCAAAAGUCCAAGUUCGGGCUGCAUCUAUUUUUGUAAUCUAAUUUAAUCUUAUUUAAUGUAUAUAUACAACAACCUCAGAGCACAUUUCCCACUAUGGGCCAGUGAAUCUGUGAUUUCUUGGGCUUUAGUGGGAUUUGUGUAAAGCAUGGUACAUUAAUGUCAGUGGAACAAAGAUGCUGUAAAACCCAAACCCCCUGUGCCCUGUAUAUGUACGUGUCCCUCUUCUGUCAUCCUCCAGUGUCCUGGUCCAAGUGGGAUCGGAUCAGUUAAUACGGUACAAUAAAUCAAUGCGAAUGUUAUGUGAAGUUUCUUCUCGUGUUUUUUUUCCUCAUCCCCACUAGAUGGCAGUGCACUUUAACCUAUUGAGUUAUGGCCCUCUGUUUUAAAUUAUUAAUAACAGCACCAUUCAACAUACCUGAAUAAUGCAACACAUGAACAAGAAAUUUAUUUGCAUGUUGUUGUUUUUUUUUUAAUUCCAGUUUUCCCAUUUAUUUGUACAUAUAUUUAUAUAUUAGCAUCAAUGAUGUUUAUGGUCAACGGGUGAAUAGAGGUUGUUUUCAUCUAAGUUAAGUGUAACAGUCUUAUCUAACAAAACAUCAGUCAUUGUCAGUUUAGCUCUCUGUUUACAAUUAAAUAUGCACAAAGCAAAGUCUACAUUUAUUUACAAUCACAGCCGGCCAGGUGCCGUCUGUAUACAGUGAACUGAACACAGGAUAGUAAUUAUCCCGUCACUGCCCGAGUUACAGAUCACUCUGGUCCGAGCUCAAUCAAGACUAACAUGACUGUAAUUAAAAGUUACAUAACAGACUCUAUUAAGUUGCUCUGCAACCACAUCAAACACUCAUGACAUUAAAAACGCUCCUGCACAGUUACAGGAUGAGCAUUUCAAAGCUUUAGAAAGGAUUAAGAGAAGUGUUGUGAGGGGAAAAUGACAUGAGGGAUUUUAAUUUCCUCUGGAAUACAAUUAGAGCGCUAGAAAAAGUAAGAGAUGCAGAGAUAUUACUGGUACAGGGAACACCUAUCUGGCCAACCAAAGCUGGGAGAUUCAGGGCACAUCUUGGUCGGUGUAAAUACAUACACUGCCAAGUCA